AUGAUAGCGAAUUGCGGCCAUGAGGACGGCUUGUCUGGCCCCUCCGAUGAGGAUGUUCUUGUAAGCUCAGUCGACGAGUCAGCACCCAUACGCGAUCCUCAACAAGCACACUUGAAGCGCGCAUACCUCAUGACCAAGGUGUACUGUGCUCGCCAGUAUGGCUACACACAAACAUUGCAUCGCGGCUGGAAGCAAUUCGAGAGCUUCAGUGCAGCCUUUGGCUCACUCUAUUUUGUCGGCGGUAUCCGCAUCCUCUUUUCGAUCGGCAUAAAGUCUGGCGCCGUCUUGGCCGAAGUGUGUUCAGCCGUACCGCUCUCGGGGUCCAUCUACAUCUGGGCAGCCGAUGCUGGGGGUCCCAAGUACGGGCGUCUCUUCGGCUUUGUCACUGCUUUCUGGUCCACUACUGCAUGGACAUCAUUUGUGGCAUGUAAUACUCAAGCUACGACCAAUUUCCUCAUAUCUGAGCUUAAUGCUUUCCAUGCGACGUUUGAUGGCCCGCUCGACUACAGCAACUUCGAAUACCGCCUCGUCGCAUGGCUCUGCGCUCAGGUCUUCCUUGCACUUGCCAUUCUUACCAAUCUCAUGCCGCCUCGCGUGUUUACCUGGAUCUUCAGAGGCAGCUUUGCCAUCAUCAUGAUCGAUUUCGUUAUGACCAUGACCUGGCUCCCCAUCGGCGUUGCCCGCACGUAUGGCUUUCAGCCGGCUAGUUUCCUGCUCACCUACUACAAUGGCACCGGCGCUCCAGAUAUAUGGAAUAUCAUGCUAGUCUUUCUGUCGACUUCGGGUGUCAUGACAGGAUUUGACGCUGCUGGACAUAUCGCUGAAGAAACGCAAGGAGCAAGUCUCAGGACAGCACGAGGACUCUUCUGGGGAUGCGCAGCAACAGGCAUUCUUGCCUUUCCCGUGCUCAUGCUCUUUCUGCUCUGUUCUCCCUCGCUUGACGUUCUCUUUGCGUUGGAUGCGCCACAGCCCUUUGUCAACCUGUAUGCUCUCGCGCUCGGAAACGCGGGUCAGAUUGUGAUGACUGCAGUUGCAAUCUUUGGGCUCUUCAUGAAUACCAGUCUGGCCAUCGUAGCAGCUUCUCGACUGAUCUAUGCGAUCGCUCGCGACGGCGUCCUGCCCGGCUCGAUAUGGAUCAGUCGAAUUAGCGAGCAUGGCCAGCCGCGCAACGCUGUUCUCUUCAUCUGGAUCGUCUCCGCGGCUCUCAUUUGUACCAUCCUGCCAUCACAAGUCGCCUUCACCUCGCUCGUAUCUGCCGCCGGACUGCCUCUCAUCACUUCAUACGCUCUCGUCGCAGGCGCACGCGUCUUCUGCACGCCGCACAAGUACAGAGAAGCAAAGUGGAACAACGGCCCCUUCUCCUUGCCCUUUUGCUGGAUCGCGUUGAUCUGGUCGCUCUUUCUCACGGCCGUAUUGCUCUCGCCGUACCAAUUCCCGGUCACAGCUCAGACGUUCAACUUCGGACCACCCAUUUGGGCUGCAGUGACCAUGAUGGGCAUCGUCUCGUACUUUUACGUGCCCGAGAGCGUUUGGCUCAGCAAGCGUCACUUUGCGGUAGAGCACAGCUCGACUGGCGCCGCGGAAGCACAAGCUCGGAAGAAGAUCAGAGCUUGA